GGGAGAGUAGGCGAGAGGGAAGACAAGUCUAGCUUUCAUACCUUCAUGCUUCUAGAACUGGUAACUAAACAGGAUUGUCUUAUUAUGUCCUUCUAAGUAUGUCCUUCUAACCCUAUAAAACCUACUAUUAUCAAACACCCACAGGACCACCUACACCUACUAGUACUUUUACGAUAUUCCCCCAUCCGAAACAUACAGUGAUGGCUUCUACCCAGACACAGACACUUCCCAAAAAUGUAUCCCAUCCUACUGCUCCAAUGAGCGAUGUGGAAAAGCAAGAAAAUUCAGCGUCCCCGGACAGGCCCAAGGUAAAACAUUCUGCGUUCAAGGAUCUCGGACUCCUUGACCGAUUCCUAGCAGUAUGGAUCUUCCUCGCCAUGGCAAUCGGGAUUAUUCUGGGCAACUUCGUUCCGAGCACUGGACCUGCAUUACAAAAAGGGAAAUUUGUGGGAGUAUCGAUCCCAAUAGCCGUUGGUCUUCUUGUUAUGAUGUAUCCCAUUCUCUGCAAAGUAAAAUAUGAGAGUUUACAUCACGUCUUCCGAGCUCGUCAGAUCUGGGUCCAAAUUGCCUUCAGCAUAGUCAUCAAUUGGAUCAUUGCUCCAUUCUUCAUGUUAGCAUUGGCUUGGGCCUUUCUUCCUGAUGAACCAGAACUACGACAAGGGCUAAUACUUGUCGGCCUAGCACGAUGUAUCGCUAUGGUCCUAAUCUGGACCGGUCUCGCUGGAGGUGACAAUGAAUACUGCGCCAUCCUAGUCGCCAUCAACUCCCUUCUCCAAAUGGUGCUAUUCGCACCCAUGGGCGUCUUCUUCAUCCAAAUCAUAAGCGGCGACACCGUCACAUUCGAAUACAGCACGGCCGCCAAAAGCGUCGCCGUAUUCCUCGGAAUCCCGCUAGGCGCCGCGAUUCUCACACGCUUCAUCCUCCGACGGCCAACAAGCGCACGAUGGUACGACCAAGUCUUCCUAAAAUGGAUCAGCCCGCUAUCCCUAAUCGGACUCCUGUUCACAAUUCUUGUGCUCUUCGCUUCUCAAGGACGCCAGGUUGUGCAUCAGAUCGUCUCGGUGAUCCGUGUUGCCGCGCCGCUUAUCGUUUACUUCGGUGUUAUAUUCUUUGCGACUCUUUUCGUCGCUUAUAAGAUGGGAUUUGGGUAUAGGUUGGCAGCGACGCAGAGUUUUACGGCCGCGAGUAAUAAUUUUGAGCUAGCUAUUGCCGUUGCUGUUGCGACGUUUGGAGAGAAUAGUAAUCAGGCUCUGGCGGCUACUGUUGGGCCGCUUAUUGAGGUUCCGGUGCUCUUGGGGCUGGUUUAUGCUGUGAGGUUGGUGGCGGUUCGAUUGGGUUGGGAGGAUUAGGUUUAUAUAUCUGUGAUUCAGACUAGAAGGACUUUUAUUCAGCUCUUUCUGCUUUUUGAAUGUAAUUUAGAGUGAUUAGUAUGCGGUGUAGGCUCAGGUGACCCCAGCCCUAAUUGCUCCACAAGGCAAUAGAAGCAGAGCGCCA